CUGUUGGCACGACGCCUGGCCCUCGCCAAUGCAAGGGCAGCCCGAAGGGGCGGGACUCGACAGCGCCACCCUGAGACACCCCCGGCGCGCAGUCACUCCUGCACGGCGGCCGGAAUGCCACGCUAGGUCUCGCCCGAGGAUAAAAAGGCUGCUGGAGAGAUGGAGCAGCUCAAAGUGCCUUUGAUCGACCCAACAUGAACCCGUGCCGUCCAGUCUCCUGCGCGACCGCCCUGGUCUUCUUCUUGCUGUUAGCCGGGAGCGCUUUGCAGAGCCAGGCUGCUCCUCUGACAGGGGAGUUGCGCUGCCAGUGCAUCCAUCUGGUCUCCGGCAUGAUCCCACUCAGGAACAUUGCUCGUGUAAAUCUCAUCCCUGAGGGACCUCAUUGUGCUGUUUCUGAAGUUAUAGCCACCAUGAAAGAUGGGAAUAAAGUCUGCCUAGAUCCCAAAGCGAACUGGGUCAAGAUGAUUAUCAACAAGAUUCUCAAAGAGUAACACAACAACUGUGAAGGAAGCACUGGACAUGGAUACAGAGCAGUAACAGAAGAUGUGUGUGCAAGAGUAAAAGUUACUCGAAAGCCUCUGGGCAGAAAAGCUGCAUGUGAAUUCUGCUUUUGAUCACCUUAAGAAAUGAACCAUCAACUACCGCUUUACUACUUUCCACUCUUAUUUAUUAUUAUUGAAACCUUUUUUUAAUGUAUUUAUUUCUACCUCCUGUAUAUGGUCAUCUGAUUGAGUCAGUAUACUAGAUGUCACUGUUAUGUAGUCUGUGAAACCAAAGGACACUAAAUGUGCAUCUCACCACACAGAUGCCUUUUUGGUUAUUUUUAAGAAGUUGUAACCCGCCCGGAGCACUGUUUACACAGUGGAACGGUGGGAUAUAAAUACUCUCUUAAAUAAUUAUAUAAAUAAAAUGCCAAAGAGUACCAUUCAGCAAGCAGUUCUUCUCUGCAGUCUGCAUUGAUAUGAAAUUGCACAAAAACACUGGCAUACUUUGGGAUUAUAUAUUUAUUGUAAAAGUACAAUUCACUGAAAUCAUUGUUGAAAACCUGGCUGUGAAAUUAUAGAAUGAAUAUUUACUUUGCUUGAUGGGUGUAUUAAAAUAGGAUUUUUUUUUAAAAAAAAAGCUAUUUAUGUUGAAACUUUAAGAACAGCAAUGUUCUAUAUCAGAUAUUUUUUAUGUCUUCAUUGUAUGGCAUACUGUCAUGCUUAUUCUCUAAAAGAUUUUUUUUAUUG